AUGUCUACCAGUAGGUCAAGAAAGACUUUACAAGAAAAGGAACCAUCGAGUUCGAGUUCGAAUGGCUCACAAGCGAAAUCAACUGCUGUGACUGACAGCAACAUUAAUAGUGACGAGGAGGCAGAUGGAAUUCAAGAGAUCGACUUGACUGCAGACGACUCUAAAGAGCAUCAUCGCGCUUCAAUUAGCCACCAUAAUCUUCACCACCACCACCACCACAAGAAACACUCUCAAGAAACAAAGUCGAGGAAAAGGAUUCGUGAGUCAAGACGAUUUGUAUUCAUAUUGGGUAUUGUAUUGGGACUCGUGGUGACAGUUUUCUUUUCAACAAACAAAACCAGCUUUUCUACUGAGCUAGAUCAGUUGGUUAAUAUGAACUUUGAUAACUUGAAUUCGCUAUUCGAAGACUGGAAAGGAUGGAAGGACGUGUUGCCUUCUGGGAUUCAGUCUUAUUUACACGAUGCAGAAGAUGGCGACGACACACUUCAUGGAUCGGCAGAAUCGUUUAGUGUUGGGUUAAGAUUGAGAGCAGCAAAGAAUUAUACCGCAAAGUAUAACGUGGUUAUGGUGCCAGGUGUUAUUUCGACAGGAUUAGAGUCAUGGGGCACGACUACACUGGGUGACUGCCCUUCCAUCGGAUACUUUAGAAAAAGACUAUGGGGCUCAUUCUUUAUGUUGCGAACAAUGAUACUUGAUAAAACGUGCUGGUUAAAGCAUAUCAUGCUUGAUACUGAGACGGGAUUGGAUCCGCCUAACGUGAAGGUACGUGCGGCACAAGGGUUUGAGGCGGCCGAUUUUUUUGUUGCUGGAUAUUGGAUUUGGAACAAGAUUUUACAAAAUCUAGCCGUCAUUGGAUACAGCCCUGAUAAUAUGUUGAGUGCAAGUUACGAUUGGCGUUUGACGUACAUUGAUUUGGAGAAACGUGAUGGAUAUUUCAGUAAAUUGCAGAAACAGAUUGAAAUGACGAAAAAAGUGUCUGGUGAAAAGUCCAUCUUGGUUGGACAUUCAAUGGGAUCACAGGUUAUUUUUUAUUUUUUGAAAUGGGUUGAAGCAACAGGAGAGUAUUAUGGUAAUGGAGGACCUAACUGGGUCAAUGAGUAUCUCGAUGCUGUUGUUGAUAUUAGCGGCUCCUCCUUGGGCACCCCCAAAACCAUUCCAGCAUUGAUUUCGGGAGAAAUGAAGGAUACUGUUCAAUUGAACGCUUUGGCAGUCUACGGUUUAGAACAAUUCUUUAGCAGAAGAGAGAGAGUUGAUAUGUUGCGUACUUUUGGUGGGGUGGCUAGCAUGUUUCCAAAGGGAGGGGAUUUAAUUUGGGGAAACUUGACGCAUGCUCCCGACGAUCCAAUCAACACGUUAGAGACUAAUGGCACCGGUAAGGAGAUUGGUGGACCAAAGAAUGGAAGCUUUGGCACUUUUAUAAAGUACACCAACAAAGAAGGAGUAGAGCGAGAAGUUACGAUGGAUGAAAGUUUGGAACAACUACUCGACGAUUCACCUGCAUGGUACUCCAAAAGGGUCCGUGAAAACUACAGUCACGGUGUAGCCAAAACCAAAAAAGAAUUGGAAGCCAAUAAUCAAAAGCAGAGCAAAUGGGUGAAUCCUUUAGAAGCAGCAUUACCCAAUGCCCCUGAUUUGAAGUACUACUGUUUUUAUGGCGUGGGCAACCCUACUGAGCGUGCAUACAAGUAUGUACCUGCAGAUAAAUCAGUAAAGUUGGACUAUGUCAUUGAUAGUGACUCCAGUGAUGGAGUGAUGUUGGGCGAUGGCGAUGGAACAGUUUCGUUACUUACCCAUACGAUGUGUCAUGAAUGGCAAAAGGGAAGCAAGUCAAGGUACAAUCCCGGCAACGUUCAAGUUAAAAUUGUUGAAAUUAAGCACGAACCAGAUAGAUUUGAUUUGAGAGGCGGUGCCAAAACAGCAGAGCAUGUGGAUAUUUUAGGAAGUGCUGAGUUGAACGAGUUGGUUCUCACUGUUGCUUCUGGACAUGGUGACAGCAUCAAGGACAGAUAUGUAAGUAAUUUGAAGCAAAUUGUUGAGGGUUUAGAUAUAUAG